AUCCUAUAAACACCCCCAAUUUCCCCCAAUUUCUCACCAAAUCGAAUCACUCGAAAUCCCAAUUCGGAAUUCUAGAUCUCGCUCGAGCAAGCAAUGGAUGUUCGGAUGUUAGGCCUGGAGAACCCGCUGUUUUCGACGCUGCAGCACCUAGUGGAGAUCCCGGAAGAGAUGGAGAAGGCCUUGAGCAACGCCCCCAGCCGAGCCUACGUGCGAGACGCGAAGGCAAUGGCGGCGACGCCGGCAGACGUGAAGGAACUCCCGGGGAAGUACGUCUUCGAGGUGGACAUGCCGGGAGUGAAGUCCGGCGACAUCAACGUGCAGGUGGAGGAGAACGUGCUGGUGAUUAGUGGAGAGAGGAAGAGGGAGGAGGAUAAGGAGGGGAAGUACCUGCGGAUGGAGCGGCGCGUGGGAAAGUUCAUGAGGAAGUUCUCGCUGCCGGAGAACGCGGAUACGGAGAAGGUGGCGGCGGUGUGCAAGGACGGAGUGCUGACGGUCACGGUGGAGAAGCUGCCGCCGCCGGAGCCGAAGAAGCCCAAGACCAUCGAGGUGAAGAUCGCUUGAAUGGAGACAAGAGUGAUGGAGUGGCAUGAUGGUAAUAUUGAGUGUGUUUUGAGGGUGUAGUUGGUUUGAAAGAGUUAGUGGAUGUUUGUAAUGUUUGGUAAUUGGUAACCGUAUUAGUAGUACUAGGGAUUGAAGUAUGUUGGUUUUUUUUUUUCCUUUUAA